AUGCAACAUGAGAACUAUCUCCGCGAAACCACCCUGCUUACUCGAACGGAGAGAAAUGGCGAAGGCGAUCAAGGGCAGCUGGAUAUCGACUACCAUGUUGAGAUAUACUUCGCGCAUUUUCCUUCUCAAUGGCCGAUCAUUCACAAGCCCUCCUUCCACCUAAGUAAAGACUCGCAACCACAUGUUCUGAUCUUAAGCUUUGCUAUGAUCGGGCUAUGGGUUACUGGCGGGAGGGCUGCGCGGACAAGAGCGAAGAAUAUGCAUGAGAAAUUAGUGACAUUGUUAGAGAGUCGCAUGGGAGACUGGAAGUCGCAGAAAGACUUCAAGGAUACAUCAUGGCCGAUGUCGACAUUCCAAGCCGUCCUUCUGAACGUGAUAUUCGCACCGAUGAGAGAGGCCCCUCCAGAUCUGCAGAACCGUUGCUCAUCGAUAGUCCGCGCACUAACGACAACUUGUAUCGCCGGUGGCUUAUUCUGCUACGGCCGCAUCCGUGCACAGCUGACGCCAAAUAAAUCGCUACUAUUCUCGUGGACAUAG